AUGGAGACGUUCUUCACAUUGGUGGAACCAGUGGUGAUUCUACUAAAACUAGGAACCUCAUUUUUUGACAUGGCGCUCACUCUAACAGUGUACAACCACUCACUGGAAGCAGCAGGUGGACAGGAUGACCAGGCCCAAGCAGCAUCCUCACGAUUCUUCCUUAUUCACUCCACCAUUUCUGCUGUAGCAUCCAUGCUUUCCAUCAUCCCACUUGGUCGCCUUGCAGACCGACGAGGACCUAAAAUGUUUAUGGUCAUCCCUCAGCUGGGCUCGCUCCUGGGCAUGUGCUUCCUGCUUGUCUUCCUGUUCUACGAUCUGCCUGUGGAGUUCCUCUUCCUUGGAUCCGUGGUGUACGGCCUCAGCGGAGGUCCUUCUGCUUACUGGGCUGGUGUUGUAGCUCUUGCUUCCCUGGGCUCGAAGCAAAAGAGGCGCACACUGAAACUCAAUGUUGUGGAUUUCUGUGUUGGCAUUGCAGGAGUGCUGGGUGGUCUGCUAUCGGGGUAUGUGUACCAGUUUGGUCAUCGAGGGUUAGUUCUUCUCGGGACCGCUAUGCUCCUCAAUAUGGCAUCGCUCUUGCACUCUGUGUUUGUUCUCACCCCCCAAAUACAAAACAGUGAUGAAACAGAUCGAUUGUUAGCGCAGGGUGAAUGCGGCGAGAGGAUGAACAGAAUUCACAUUGGGAUUCUAAUAUCAGCUUUGGUACUGUUUGACCUGGGUAUGACUGGAGCGGAGAACGUUCUUACACUCUAUGUGCUCAAGCCUCCGUUGAGUUGGGACUCGGUGUGGGCAGGUUAUGGUAGAGCAGCCACUAGUGCCAUGUAUUUGAGCAGCUUUCUUGGAGUCCUGAUACUGUCCAGUGUGCUUGGUGACUCAGCCCUGUCUCUGCUUGGCAUUGUGUCUAACUGCACUGGAAUGGCUAUGAUGGCGUUUGCAGUGGAUAGUUGGAUCUACUUCAUGGCUCGAGGAAUAAUGAUGUUUGCCUGUGUUCCUAUGCCAACACUGCGAGCAAUGCUUUCAAAAGUUCUAGACGCCCAGCAGUAUGGGCGUAUUUUUGGGCGGCUACAGUUGGCCCUUACUGUAACUGAACUUCUGUCUACGGUGCUCUUCUCCUCCAUUUACCCCCUCACUCUGAACUGGUACAGCGGAUUCUGUUUUAUCCUCUCCUGCGCCAUCAGCUACCUCAGUGUCAUACCCAUUCUGUACAAAGUCAAAAGAAAAGAGCUCUCAUUCACCAAAGCACAAACACACGGAAUAAAAGCCUCACUACGCAUGCGCCGAUUGCGUAAGGUGCGCAAAGUGCGUAAGGUCUUUAUUCAAGAUAAAAUCUAA